UGUCCGCUCGAUGUGGUGUGAUAUGAAAAAGCGGAAUUCGAAUUUUACGAUUUUAUUUAUUUUUCUACAUUGUAAUACACCUGUUUAUAAUUUUAUUGUUUUGAUCAGUUGAUUAAUUAUUAAAUCGUGAAUAAAUUAGUGAAAUUUGUGUGUUGAUUUAAUAAAUUGGUGAUGUUAAACGUGCACCCUGGAUGGAUCGAUAUUUUCUAGAUUGAGUAUAAAAUUUAGCAGCAAUAUUAUAAGUGGUUGAAGAUGGAGAAGUCGGCUAGACCACGAACGGCUCUGAAUGAGUGUGUUAAGGUGGUUGUCCGAUGCCGACCUCUAUCCGAAAGGGAAAAGAACGAAAGUUAUGAAGAGGGGAAGAAACGAGUAAGACACGAAGAAAAAGCCUGGUACGAUCGUCUGUCGACGAAAGCUGUGAACAAAUUUGAUGGCAAAUUACAGGUUGUAAAAGUGUGGCCGGAACGUGGAGCAGUGCAAGUCGACAAUCCCAAAGGCCAGGACAAACUUUUCACCUACGAUGCAGCGUACGACUGCACAGCCGAUACAAAGACUAUUUACGAUGAAAUGGUCAGACCCCUCGUCGCGUCAGUUCUGGAUGGUUUCAACGGUUGCGUCUUUGCCUAUGGUCAAACUGGUACCGGCAAGACCCACACGAUGGAAGGAACUGGUGACGAUGAAGGCAUAAUACCACGAACGUUUAGACAUAUGUGGGCACAUAUAGAGAACACUGCCAGUCCGGAUGUGACCCAUCUAGUGUCGUGUUCAUAUGUCGAGUUGUAUCUGGAAGAUGUAAGGGAUCUGCUGGCCAAGGAUUGUAAGAAGCUCACCAUACGAGGGCAGGAACUAAACGGCUUCUACAUACCGGAGAUGACGUCAAUAGUUUGCAAAUCUGCUAAUGAAAUGGUGAGGCUGAUGAGGGCUGGGAACAGGAACAGAGCAUCUGGGAGGACCGAUAUGAAUGAGCACUCUUCUAGAAGUCACGCUGUGUUCCUGGUGACUGUGGAGACGGCACAUCGCUCGACUGAUAGAAUACGAGUGGGUAAACUGAACCUGGUGGAUCUGGCUGGUAGCGAGCGUCAACGCAAGACUGGCGCAUCAGCUGAUCGUCUCCGAGAGGCGGCUAGAAUCAACCAAGCCCUAUCAUCGCUGGGGAAUGUCAUAUCCGCCCUUGCUGAGAACAGCCCGCAUGUGCCUUAUAGGGAUUCGAAGCUGACUCGAAUCCUGCAAGAUUCUCUAGGUGGGAAUAGUAAGACAAUUAUGAUAGCGAAUAUUGGUCCAGCAUCAUACAACUACGACGAGACUGUAACUACGCUAAGAUAUGCCCACAGAGCUAAAGCAAUCAAGAACAAACCAGUCCGCAAUGAAGAUCCGAAAGAUGCCAAACUACGGGAAUAUCAGGCGGAAAUCGAAAGACUACGGUCUCUCAUCGAGCAACGAAAAGCGAUUGAUAAACGGAAAAAACCACCACGAAUACGCACCAAGGCCACACCUCAGGAGUCUGAGGAAGAAACAGCCAGUCUGAAAAGCGAGCACAUUCUAGCAGAAUCAACGAUAGAACAAGAGAAAACGAAAACGGAAGAACUGGAGCAGCAAAUCCAGGCGUUAGAAGACCGAUUAGUCCAGGGUGGUGGGGGGAAAGAUCUCCUCAACAACUUGAAUGAAAGCCAAGUUAUCCUCCAACAGAGGCACAUGGAGAUAACAGAGAGGAAGAAGAGGGAGAUAGAGAUGCAGCAGAAGAUAGAUUUGGAAGAAGAGACGACGGCGAUAGUUACGAAUACGUUCACAACUCUUCAACAGGAGGUUGAUCACAAAACCCAAAGGUUAAAGCGGUGCCUCGCGAAAUACGCCUCAUUGCGCGAAGAGAUGGUAGAACAAAGGGAAGCCCACGACUCCGAGAGACGCGAGCAGGAGGCUCUGCAGGCGGCGUUGAUAGCGGAGUUGCGGCGUCGGCUUUUGUUGGCCGACAGCUUCGUUCCAGAUGCGGGCAGACCCACCGUCAUGAGGCUUAGAUAUAAUGAUGAUGCUGAUGGCUGGGAGCUGCCUCAGAGCGGCGCCGAGCCCCUAUCAGUCCGUCCAGUAGCGACCCCAGGUGCGAGAAGACCCCACUCAGCGACCGACACCAAUACCCCAAGACGUCGUUCUGAGAAUUUACUGGACUUACGGCCCAUACCCCUGCCAUCCACAGUGCGGAACUACCCCCCGCAGAGGCCCCAGACCACCAUCACCAAGGUGCCUUUUAAUAAGGUACCCAUGAAUAAGUCAGUGGAGGUUCCAGUUAAAAAGGAAGUACCGGAAACACGUCGCGUCAGCGGAAAGCCUAGACCACCAUCCGCAUUACAUAGACUUGGUACCGCUGGUGUGCGGUAGACCCUUUAUACAUAAGCCUUAACAUUGGGCUUAUCUGCUUAUACGAGAUACAUGUAUCACUCGUCUCUUUCUCUCAAAUGGUGUUUAUGCUGUGAUAGACAGAGACGGUGACUAUUCCAAUAGAAUUUAGCGAAAUGGAGUUAAUAUUUUGAGCGGAAGGUCGAUGUUUUCGACAAAAAAAAGAAAAAUAAUGUGAAAAAAUCUGUAUAUUAAUUAAUCUACUCUAAAUUAAUAUUAGUUAAUAGUACCUAAAUUACAUUAUUUAUUAAUUAUGAAGUUAUAAAUUGCAAUCGAUUACCGAUAUUUGAAAAUCGGUUAUCAAAUACAGCACUAUGUAGCCAUAGAGUUUCUCUAUGGUCAUUUUCGUGAACUCGUUUACCGGUUUUUUGAAAUUUGAAUUACAUAGAAUUGUGUGUAAAUGUC